AUGGCCGCCCUGACGCAGUCCGGAAGAAAAGCACUUGAUAGCUUGACGGCCAGAGUGGUGGGGGAAGCAAAGAUCCCCGGCUUUGUUUUCGGUGCCACCUCCGUCGAUGAGGAGAUCUACUUUACUUCGGGGGGAUACAACGCCGUAGGGAGGCCGGAGAGCGGGAAGAUCAAUGAAGAUAGCGUGUUCAUGAUCUGCAGUCAGACCAAACUGCUCGUCCAUCUUGCGGCGUUGCAGCUGGUAGAGCAGGGGAAGAUCACGUUCGAGAGUCCUAUCUCUGAUUACAUUCCAGAAUUCAGCGACCUUGUUAUUCUUGAUGACCAGAUGGCGGAUGUGUGGACAUAUAAGCCGACGAAGACUGUUAUGCGCCUGAAGCAUAUACUGAACUUUACCAGUGGACUGUUUUAUCCAUUCAAGGGGUACAAGCCUGACAAGCAGCCAGAUGGCUACGCGGCGGCGCAUGAUAAGAAAAAUCCAGUAUCACAUUUCGUGUCCGUGCUCAAGUGCGGUCUGCCUGGAAUCCCUCUUCUCUUUGAGCCUGGGACAAGUUUUGCCUAUGGAUGGAGCUCGGAUAUCUUGGGUUUCGUGGUCGAGAUUGUCACUGGGCAGAGUUUGGAAACAUACCUAGCAGAAAAUAUACUCAAGCCACUGAGCAUCAGCGGUACAUUUUAUCCGACACCUGACGUGAGGAAGAAGAUGGUCGACCUAGCGUACCGACGCGACGGCAAACUCGAAGCUUGGGCGAAUCAGGUCCCGCUUCCUGAACAGGAUCCAGAAAGAAUCGCGCUUCACUUUGGCGGCGGUGGAUUGUACAUGUCGAUGAAAGACUAUCUCAUCCUUCUGCGCCAUCUGCUUCAGAUUAAAGCCGGCAAGGCGAAAUCCCCGAUUGUUAGCCAAGAAAGUAUGCGAGGGAUCUUUGAACCCGCGCUCAACGAAGAAGGGUCGGCAAUGGUAUCAAGAUUCAUGUCCAUGGAUACCAACAUGCCGAAGGACUCCAAGAUACAAUGGGGCACCGCGAUGGGUCUAUGUGAAACCGACUGGCCAGGGCGAAGAAAGAAGGGGACCGCGUUCUGGUGGGGCUGGGCGCAUACGUUCCAUUUCAUGGACCCAGCGACUGGAGUCGCAGCAGUGUUCGGUACCCAACUUAUACCAACAGGAGAUCACGAGGUGUUCAAGGUCGUCGCAGAGUUCGAGGAAACGUUCUACGCUGGAUUGGCCAAGUGA